UGAAGUUAGUUGGAAGACAGAGAAUCUCCCCAAGUUUGGCGCCAGCUUAUGGGCGAUCCUCGUUCUCCUCCAAUUUUAGCUCCACUGUUCCUCAAUUUCAGGCACCAUUUUCUAAAUAUGAAAAGCACAAAGAAAAUGAAAAAGAAAAAUUCAGCCUCCUCCUUCCCAGGGGUGGACUUCAAUGGUGGAAAGAAGAGAGGAAGAAGAAGAAGAAGAGGAGGAAGAAGAAGAAGUAGCAUAGGGGAGCAUCACUGAAUUUUAUAUCUGCCUCUCUCUAGGGUUCAAAAAUGUGCCCUAGCCUCCUAGUGUUAAUGGGUGUGGCCUUUUUUGGGAUCCUCACUCCAAUUGCCCACUCCACCACAGUUGCUCCUGAUGUCUCUGCCCUCAAUGUUAUGUAUAACAGCUUGAACUCUCCUUCACAGCUGACUGGUUGGAAGUCGAGUGGAGGUGAUCCUUGUGGGGAAUCCUGGAAAGGAAUCAAAUGCUCGGGCUCAUCUAUAACUGAAAUAAAAUUAUCUGGCCUUGGACUCACUGGAUCGAUGGGCUACCAGCUGUCAAGCUUGACAUCCGUCACCAACUUUGACAUGAGCAAGAACAACCUCAAGGGUGAUAUACCAUAUCAACUACCUCCUAAUGUACUUCACUUAGAUCUUUCUCGAAAUGGUUUCACCGGUGGGGUUCCUUAUUCGAUUUCUCAGAUGACUGACCUUAAAUAUCUAAAUCUUGGUCAUAAUAAACUCAAUGGACAGUUAAGUGAUAUGUUUGGACAACUCCCUAAACUCACUUUGAUGGAUCUCUCCUUCAAUACACUAUCAGACAAUUUGCCUCAGAGUUUUGGAUCACUCUCAAGCCUCACCACAUUGCGUUUGCAGAACAAUCAAUUUACUGGUUCAAUAAAUGUCCUUGCUGACCUUCCCCUCAAUGAUUUGAAUAUUGAAAACAACCAAUUUACUGGCUGGAUCCCAAAUGCAUUGAAUAAUAUAGAUAAUAUAGAGGCUGGGGGAAAUUCCUGGUCAUCUGAGCAAGCUCCUCCACCUCCCCCUGGUGCAAGUUCAAAAAAUACUCAUGCUAGUAGGAGCUCAUCCAACAGUGGAAAAGGUGGUGGGAAGUCUGGCAUGAGUGGAUUAGCCAUUGCUGGAGUAGUUUUGGGAAGUUUGCUGGUACUAGUUAUUCUACUUGCUCUAUUUUCAAGACGAUCUUCUCCUCCUCCUUCACAUUUUCUUGAUGAAGAGAGGCUUAGCAAUCAUAGACCAUUUACCCCGAUUGUAUCCCAGGAGUUAUCCAAUGACAUGCAUCCCACAAACUACAAUGACUUUAAGUCGUCGAACUCAUCUAAUUCAAUGGAUGUAAAGGCUUUGCAAAAAUCUCCUUCUAUUGGUCUUAAGCGUCCACCUUCUCUUAAUGAUUUGGCAAAUCGCUUGAGUGUCAAAAGAAGUACUUCUAUUCGUGCUACAGCUUAUUCCUUGGCGGAUUUACAGAGUGCCACUAGAAACUUUGCAACAGCCAGCCUUCUUGGUGAGGGAUCUGUUGGGCGUGUUUAUAAGGCAAAGUAUGCUGACGGAAAGGUGUUGGCUGUAAAAAAGAUAAGCUCCUCCUUUUUCCAAAGUGGCCAGAAGCAAGGUUUUCCUGAAGUUGUUUCAAGUGUCUCCAAGCUUCGCCAUCCAAAUAUUGCUGAAAUUGUUGGUUAUUGUUCAGAACAAGGGCAUAACAUGUUAAUGUAUGAGUAUUUCAGAAAUGGCUCACUACAUCAGUUCUUACACCUGUCAGAUGAUUUCAGCAGACCACUUACUUGGAACACCAGAGUCAAAAUUGCUCUUGGCACAGCCCGGGCUAUUGAGUACCUCCAUGAGGUUUGCUCUCCACCCAUGGUUCACAAGAACAUCAAGUCUUCUAAUAUCUUGCUUGAUGCUGAACUCAAUCCCCAUCUCUCUGACUAUGGGUUUGCUGCUUGUCAUCAGCAUACGAGCCAAAACCUAGGGGUUGGAUAUAAUGCUCCAGAAUGCACAAAGCCUUUGGCUUAUACGUUGAAGAGUGAUGUUUAUAGUUUUGGAGUAGUCAUGUUGGAGGUAAUGACAGGUCGGAUGCCUUUUGACAGUUCAAGACCAAGAUCGGAACAAUGCCUUGUCCGAUGGGCCACCCCACAGCUCCAUGAAAUUGAUUCACUAGAACAAAUGGUGGACCCUGCUUUGCGUGGUUUGUACCCUCCUAAGUCACUCUCUCGAUUUGCAGAUAUCAUUGCUCUCUGUGUACAGAUGGAGCCUGACUUCCGGCCAGCCAUGUCAGAGGUGGUGCAGAGUUUAGCUCGAUUGAUUCAAGGGGCUUCUCGUCGGAUGGAAGACUUCAACUAUUGAUGAAUUCUUCUCUCAAUACUCUAGGCAUGCUGAAACAAGUAUCAUGGAAGUUGCUGCAUGUGUGGCUUUUAAGAAAUGGACUUAUUUUCACUGUUCCUCACUGGUAUUUAGAGGUUUGUUUAGAGAAGUGAUUCCAAAAUCAUUAUCCACACAAUCAACAGAAUCACAAAGGUUUCUGCUGGUAUUACCGCUUUGAUGUAUGAAUAUGUGACUGCUUAGAUACUUUGAACUACACUACACACAUGUAGGCAUAUUUUUAGAGAAACCAAUAGGUUAGCUGAUUAUAAUACACAAAUCUUGUUUAGAAUUAUGUGCGAGGAUGAUAGAGAUGUUGUAUUCUGCAGGUAUUAUGACGCUAAUUUCUAUUAAUAUUAUAUAUUGUAUUUCAUA